UCUCCUCUGCCUCCGAAGCUUUCAGACAUACUUCCCCUCCUCGCUGCAUCUCCUUCCAUCUAUAUACUCAUUACUUUACGUCUCUUCUUCUUCAAAAUUGAAGUUGAUCAAAACCCUAAAGCUCGAAUUUUCUCCUCAAUCUCAGAACAACCUCUAAUGGCGAUACUCUCCGACUACGAAGAGGAAGACCAUAAGAAGCCGUCGUCAUCGGCGGCGUCAGCGAAGAAGCCGUUUAACGCCGCUCUCGAUCCGUCGGACCCGUUGGGGUUCCUCGAGAAGGUGUUUGAGUUCGUUGCCAAGGAGAGCGAUCUGUUUAAGAGCGAUUCGCUGGUGGCGGAUGUGAAUGCUGUGGUCAGAAUGGUGAAGGAUAAAGUGGAGGCGGAGGAGAACAAGAGGAAAGAAAGGAAAGUUGAGGGUGGUAAGGUGGAGAAGAAGAUUAAGGAGGUUGAGGCGCCGCUGCCGCCGAAAAAGGAAGAGAUUAUGGAGGAGAAGGGGAGUGGGAGUAAAGCGGAAGAGGAGAAGGGGCCUCGAGCACCUAACAAGGGCAAUGGCCUUGAUAUGGACAAAUACUCUUGGGGCCAAUCUUUACAGGAAGUUAACAUUUCUGUUCCCUUCCCUCCUGGAACAAAGUCAAGAUUCAUUACAUGUGAAAUAAAGAAAAACCAUCUCAAAGUUGGGCUCAAAGGACAGCCUCCAGUUAUUGAUGGUGAGCUCUAUCAGCCUGUCAAGGUAGAUGACUGUUUCUGGAGUUUAGAGGACCAGAAAUCUAUCUCUAUUCUCCUAACGAAACAUAACCAAAUGGAAUGGUGGAAGUACUUGGUGAAAGGUGAGCCUGAGAUCGACACUCAGAAAGUAGAACCCGAAAACAGCAAAUUGUCUGAUCUGGACCCUGAAACACGUUCGACUGUGGAAAAAAUGAUGUUUGACCAACGCCAGAAACAAAUGGGCCUUCCAACAAGCGACGAGAUGCAGAAACAGGAGAUACUGAAGAAGUUCAUGGCCGAGCAUCCUGAAAUGGACUUUUCCAGGGCCAAAAUCAGCUAAGGGAGUGGGCCUCCUUACAACAUUCUGUCAUAGGAUACACAGUUGGAUGGGAGCAAACUGCAUAAUAUAAUUUACUUGAUUCAGUUGCUUGUUGCUUGAAUUUUCCCUGGUUUUCAUUUUGAAGACUCUCAUUGCUUCUCCUCUUUUCGACUUGCUCUGUGUAUACUUUUUCAUUAGAUGGGCUCUGCAAUUUUCCCCUACUGUUCAGAUUAAACAAUCAGGUUUUAUGUCGGUGGGUUUAAUUUUGAGUAAUUGGAAAGUGUGAUCCUUAAAUCGUCA